AUGCCAUCUCUUGAAGAAUUCCUCGCCUCCAUCGGGGAAGAAAUCCACGAUGCUGAAGAAGGUCUCGGCAUGCAGAUCUCCCUGGAGAACACCUAUGAUUCCGGUCCAUGUGAAAGGUCCCUGCAGGUUGCAGCCGAGUCUUUCCUGCUUUUCUCCCGUGAUAUCCCGUCCGCCAACCUCGGCUUUGUCGACUCGCGCACGGCCACCGUCGAGCUGACCAUCCACGGUCAGGACUUCUCCAUCCAUCAGUCUCCCACGCUGCUGUCCUCCGCUCGAGCGGGGGGUACUACUGGUGCAGUUCUCUGGAAGAUCACCCCCCGAUUCGCAGAGUGGAUCUCCUCCCGAAACCACAACCCCUUCUGGGAAUCCUCCAUCCUGACCUCGUCCUCGGCCGUCGUCGAGCUCGGAUGCGGCAUCUCAGGCCUCGUGGCGCUGGCAUUAGGUCCGUGCGUAGGACACUUCAUCGCCACGGACCAGGAGUACGUCCAUCGACUGUUCAAGGAGAACAUUGAAAAUAAUGCUGCGGCGGCCUAUCAGUUGUCUCAUCAUCAUCAUCAUCGCAAUAGUAGCUACCGGCAUGGCCCACCUCGACAGCAACAACAGAAGAAGCUUCACUCUGCUGGCGGAAAAACACGCGCUGGCAAACGCAGUGCGAAUAGCAGCAGUAGCAGUAAUAGUUCCAGCAACGAGGGUUCCCACAGCUUGACGAACGUCACUUUCACGGCCCUCGAUUGGGAGCUCGAUGUGCCAGAGACGCUAAAGGAUACAAUUAAACAGGAAAACCCCUCAGCCUCAGGAUCGGAGAUUGGACAAGAUAGUGAUAAUGACGAUGAUAAUGGUGAUGAUGAUAAGAAAGACCGCGGAUUCGACCUCCUCAUUUCCUGCGAUUGCAUCUACAACGAAGCCCUGGUGCCGCCCUUUGUGCGGACCUGCGCAGACAUCUGCCGCCUACGGCCGCCCUACGACCCUACUACACUCAGCUUGGACUUGGAGACGACAUCCCCGCGGCGCAGACCGACGGUCUGCGUCAUUGCGCAGCAGCAGCGGUCCCCGGACGUCUUCGAGACGUGGCUGCGAGAGACGCUGCGCGAGUUUCACGUCUGGCGACUGAGCGAUGACGUUCUGGGGGACGGCUUGAAAGCCGGAACGGGCUAUGUCGUGCAUGCCCUCGUGUUGAGGAGUGACGCUCGAGACGGUCGUCGAUGA